UAUGUUAGGCAGCCGCGUAUUAUCCUCUGUUCUGAAGAGGAACAAACAGACGAUCGGCAACACAAUCUCCAGUAUCGGACGGACGUCGCCGCAAUUCAGCCGGCAGCAUUUCAAAGAACUUUCGACCUCUCCGUCGAGGCCCUUCUUCCACGCAUUUCGAUCUCUUCCGAAGGGUGGUCAUAAUGCGGGUUCCAUUAGAAAUUCUUCGACUGUGGCAUCAGUUAGUUUGGAGAGUAAGGAGGGAGUGAAGCUGCUGGUCACAGCAGGGCCUCGCGCUCAGAAGAUGGUGGGGAUUUGGCUCUUUGGCUCUGCUGCCUGGGUUUUCAGCAUGGUGAAUAUACUUGGCGGUGUCACUCGACUUACCCGUUCUGGUCUUUCCAUGACUAAUUGGAAGUUCACCGGUCAGCUCCCUCCUCUUUCCGACGAAGAAUAGUCUAAAGAGUUCGAGAAAUAUAAGCAAUCCCCCGAGUACAAACGGUUAGUGGGCACAAAGUCUAUAACCAUUGCUUUUGCAUUGCUGGAUUCUGCUUAUAAGAAUUGAAUUGAAAAAUGCUUGUUUACUAGAGGUAGUAGG